GCUGCCUCUGCUCACUUCUACCCACUCUCGCUCCACAGCUUCCAGCAUUUCUCUGUGAAGAAAGGCGAGCGCUGCCGUAAAAAAAGAAGAAUCAUGGUGAAAGCUAAGUCAUGGGUAAUGACUCAGCACUUUGACGGCUUCCCAAAGAAAAGCGACUUUGGGCUGAAGGUGGAGGAGCUCCCUGAGCCCAAAGAUGGAGAGGUGCUUCUGGAAGCAGUGUUUCUCAGUGUUGACCCGUACAUGAGGCUGCUCAGCAAAAUCCACAUGAAGGAAGGAGGUGUGAUGAUUGGAGAACAAGUGGCCAAAGUGAUCCAGAGUAAAAAUCCAGCGUUUCCUGUGGGAAGCCACGUUGUGAGUGACAGCGGGUGGAGAACCCACACGCUCAGUGAUGGGACCGGCCUCACUCCCAUCCUGUCCGAGUGGCCUAAAGAUGUGUCCCUGUCUCUGGCUCUGGGUGCCAUCGGGAUGCCCGGACUGACGGCUGUUUAUGGGAUAGAAGACGUGUUGGGUCUAAAGGAGGGUGAGACCCUGCUGGUGAACGCUGCAGCUGGAGCGGUGGGCUCCGUGGUGGGACAGAUCGCCAAGAUCAAGGGCUGUAAGGUGGUGGGCUCAGCAGGCUCUGAUGCCAAAGUGGCUUACCUCAAAGAGCUGGGAUUUGAUGAGGCCUUCAACUACAAAACUGUGGGUUCCCUGGAGGAGGCUCUGAGGAAGGCUUCACCUGAAGGAUACGAUUGUUUCUUUGAGAACGUGGGAGGCCCUUCUUCAUUCAUUGUCCUGCAGCAGAUGAAGAACUGUGGAAGAAUAGCUGUGUGUGGAAGUAUCUCCACCUACAAUGACAGUGAACCCCAGACAGGGCCGUACUCCUAUUUCACUGUGAUCCUGAAACAGCUGAAGAUGGAGGGCUUCAUAUACAGCAGGUGGCAGCACAAGAACCAUGAGACCCUCAAGAGACUGUUGGCGUGGGUGAAAGAGGGCAAACUGCAGUGUCGGGAGCACGUCACAAAAGGCUUUGAAAACAUGCCGGCUGCUUUUAUGGGGAUGCUGCAGGGAGAAAACACCGGCAAGGCCGUCGUCGCAGUCUGAAGAGUUCAAUGCAAGAGAGCCAGCAUUACUAAUAACUGCCAUUAUUACACAAUCUAUCAAUUAAUGAAGGAUUAAUCAAUAAUCAUAGAACACAAUAAUUUCACAUUAAUAUUUCAACUUCUUGAUUAGUUUUGUAAUCACAGUCAUAUCAAAGAUUAAAGCAACGCUGGGAUUUAAUCUCAUAGUUUAGUCAUUCAAAGAAAUGUGAUUUCUAAUCUAAACAGCAUUACUUCAUAACAGAUCAGUAAAACUAUGUCUGAACUGUUUCUGGUCUGAAACAUUUUAAUGUGUAGUUUUCAAAUUUGUCUUUACAAGGAGGAAAGUGGUGAUCAAGGCUUUUGCUCUGUUGUGGUGAACAGUGUGGAUUUACUACAACAUAACUGACCAAGUGCUUUGUAUUGUCUGGAAGUCUGAGGACAAUAAAGUUUUUUCUUUUACCCUGA